UUGCGGCGGCGGCGGCGGCGGCUGUGGGGAGCUGCCGCCGGGGGUGGCGGAGGAUGCAGGGCCCGGAGCUGCAGCGUCCCGCGGCCGCGCACCCUGCCCAGUGGGUGCUCGUGGCGCCAGUUUACGGAAUUUGCCUGGUUGUGUGUCUGACCUCCACGAAAUCCGACAGGCUUCUCUCUUUUAGUGUAAUUGAAGGCUUUGUAGUCUCUUCAUCUCACCUUCAGGGUUCUGAUGCUCCCUCUGGAGACCCCAGUACAGCUGCUGGAUGUAUCACCCACGUUUUUAGAGGCUGCUACUGACCCCCCUAAGACACCUGACAGCGAACCUAUGUUUACAAGACUGCGCAGUCCAAGCACAGGGGAAGCAACCCUUUACUUAUUCAAUAGUGGUGCACAGCAGCUGUUUGAAGUUAAAGCUUUUCAUGAAGAAUAUCGUUCCUGGUUUAUAGGUGAGACUGUUCAACAAGAUGGGCGCCUGCUGUUCGUGACGCCGAUGGACCCCUUAUUCCUGAUACUUUAUUACCUCAUAAAGGCAGACAAGGAGCAACAAGGAAAGUUCCAGCCACUGGAUCAAGUUGUGCUAGACUCGGAGUACCCUUAUUGCCCAUUGCUGCUGAAGUGUGCAGAUGUUAAACAGUCCAUACAUCAUGUAACGGAAGAAAAAGAGAUUGGCAGUCAGAAAUUUCACAAGUACAGCCAAGAGAAGACGUUGAAGUGGUUAAAGAAAAAGGUCAAUCAAACAGUGAAAGCACUUAAAAGCAACAAUAUAUCUGUAGGUGAAAGGGUACAGGCACCUACAUUUAUCAGCGGUAAACAGAUCACAGAUGCUGAAGAAGACUAUGUACGGUAUGCCCACGGGUUAAUAUCAGAAUAUAUUCCUGAAGAUCUGAGUAAGGAGCUGUCAAAAUACUUAGGCCUCCCAGAACUUACAGGCCCUUCACCAGAGCCACCAUUGAAGAAGGACAAUUCCAAGCACUGGAAGGUGUUGGGAAAGCAAGCAAGCAAGCAUGGGAUGGACGUUUCAGUGGAAAUCCAAGAGUGGGAGAGAGUUACAGUAGAAAGAGGAGCUGUGAGAUGCCUGCACAAAGACAUCCAAAGAAGAAGUGAAAGGAGCAUAAGGAGACUCGCUAAUAUUAUUUUAACUUGCCAUAAUCUCGAAGCAGCUUUUAAAGGCUUUUUUUACGCACUUUCUGAAAAUAAAUGCUUGAAGUUAGACAUGCCCUGUUCCAAGAAAAAGCAAAUCUCAGCAGAUUAACAUUGUUAAAUAUGCGGUGUGUUAAACAUACAGUGCUUCAAAUUUUAUAGCUUAUACACUAUUGGUCUAUCGGGCCCUUCCAGGAAAGCACUUACGAGCAUGCCUAAUGUUAAGCACAUGAGCAGUGUUCUUAAAGUCAGCAGUGUUCGUGUGGGUAAGUGCUUUGCUGGACCAGCGCCUAAAGUCCUGUUAGGUGCUGAGCAUCCUGAUCCAUAUCCAGCAAAGCACUUACGUCCAUGCUUAUCUUGAAGUGGAAGAGCCGGUCUAGCUAAUAUUUGUGCAUUAGUGUUUGCCAUAAAAACCUCUCUUGGCACAGUGACUCACAUGCUUAAAAUUAAGCACCUGCCUAAGUAUUUUGCAAGGUCAGACCAACAGCAUCCUUGAGCAAAUCUUAAAUAAUUACUUGAUUUUGUAUUAAUUUCCCUUUUUGUAGUCUUUGUUCUGUUUUUUAACAGAGCAUAUGAUUUUAUUGGCUAUAAUUUCAAGCUUUAGAAGCUAGGUAGCAAAAUGUUUCAUACAAUUUUCUCCUUUCUUUUUCAAAUUCUAUCCAAAUACUUUUUUGGACUAAAAGUCCAUUUGUUCAGACUUAGAAUCAUCUAAAAUGAAAAAAAAAAAAAAAAGUUAACUUUUUCUUAGGAUAUAUCCUUUUUUUUUUUUUUGUAAGAACCAUUUCACCGAGUUUGAUUUGACUGGGUUUGACCAACCCUGACCUAUUAUCCAGAAGAUGUCACCUAGCUCUGGCUUGUGAGUGGUCUGACUCUUGAAGUAAAGUAAACUUCAAUAAAAAUGUCAAAGUUCACAUAAAACACGGAGGAAAUGGAUGCUAAUGAGAUUCUUAACUGGUCUGUCAGCUUCACAGACUAAUGUUUUUAACUUAAAUAACGGUUUAACAAACUACCAAACUUUAGCAUGGAACUUUUUGUUACAGAAUUUUUAAAGUGGUAAUUCACAGGAUUUUGAACAUAAUAAAUGUGUACUUUUGUAAAUUUUAACUAUGAAGAUGAUUCACAGAUACCUCAAAUGGACAAAAUGUUCUGUAAAAUUUAAAUGAAGCAUUCCAGGUGAGAAAUUAAAAGAUGCUUUGCUUCCAUACAUUGUGCCUAACUUCAAGUCAAACAAGAACUUCCAGAAGUGUUUAUUAGGACAUUCCUGAAAAUGAAAUUCCAAGAGGAAGAGGCAAUGGCAUGUUCAACUUUCUUUUCAAUUUAAAUCAACUCUGUUUUGGAAUAUGAAAGAUCCAAACGGUUAACCAUUUAGAAAUCGUGUAUGAUAGAAGAUGGAAUCCAAAUACUUAUUUUAUAAAUUUGCACUGAAUUCUUUGCUUCCUUUUCACUUGUCUAGUUAAGCAAAGUGCACUGUGCCUUUUCAAGGAAAAAAUGUUUAUUUUAACAUAAUUUUCUAAGCAGUACUGCAAGAAUAUUAUAUGGGUUCAAGAUGAGAUUUCUAUUUUUCUAGCUUCUUAUAUUCAAAAAAUACUUGGUGUAUAAAUAAGAUUGUAUAUUUCAGUAAACAGUUGUUAAUUUUUUAUUUCAGAUUUUAUUUUUACUUCAUGUGCAAGAAA